ACUGCACGAGGAAAGCGAAGUUACUUAUGAAAUGGAUGAAAGCGUUGGUACGAAGCUGGAUCUUUCUGAUACAGAACACGAAAAAGAAACAGUCGCAGAUGACGAUGAGGGGACGCCAACGGAACAGGAUGCUGAAGAUAAAGAGCCACCGGUGAAGAAAUAUCGUCGUAGAACAAAACAAGAGAAGGAUGCAAAAGGUAUGCGGAAAACUGGACGUCCCCGCACGAAAGUUAACGAUCCAAAUCGCCCUCGAUUGCACGAUUACAAAUGUUACAUUUGCAAAAGCGAGUCACACGGAUCGUCCGAAGCCCUGAUUGCUCAUCUUACCAGUAGCCAUGAAGGCCAAUUGCCUUACACUUGUCCGGAUUGUGUAAUGCAGACGGUUGUUAUUAAAACUGUUCAAAGACUGAACGCGCAUAUACGACAACAUUUGAAUCCGGUGAAAUGUCCACAUUGUGACAAGCGGUACACCAGCAAAAAUAACGUCACACUUCACGUGCAGAUGUACCACCAGGACGGUGAUGUCCAGUGUCCAUGGACGUGCGAAUACUGUGGACAAGAGUAUCCUUCCAAGGUUUCACUUUUACAUCACGUGAAGCUACAUACCACUGCGACGAGCUGCGAGAUUUGUGGUAAAAUUUUCAAGGAACGGCACAAACUUCGAUUACACAUCCAACGCCGGCACGAAAAAUUAAAAAAAUAUGAAUGCAACAUCUGUAAGAAGAAACUUGGAUCGUUAGAUAGUGUCCAGAUUCAUAUUAAAACGUAUCAUUCGAACCAGGUGUUCAAAUGUAGCUACUGUUCAAGGACAUUUAGUUCGGAGCUAACGCAUCGCUACCACGAGAAAAAGCAUGUAGAAAAUCCGAAUUACGUGGCUACGAAGGAUUGGAAAGAGUACUACACCAUUGUCGAGGGAGUAGUUAAUAAGCCAGGUGCUAAACUAAAGCAAUGCAAUCUCUGUGGUAUGGUUUCCAAAGCAAUGGGAACUCAUCUAUCUACGGUACAUUUUCCAAGCGAGUUUCGUUGCAAGAUCUGUGAUAUGGUGUUUAAACAUAAGCAAAGGUUUGAAAUCCAUGUGUUGGAGCACGAACGUGGCAAAGCACACAAAUGUCCAAUCUGUGCCCGUGAGUUUUCCGACAGAAGGUAUCUGAUCAACCAUCUUCGAACGAAGAAACAUCAAGAUCAUCCAUUGGCCGACAGUGGGAAAUAUAGUAGAAAUAAGCAUGCACGCGAGGCCAUCAAGGAACACGUUUUUGGCUAUGGUCCAUCAAUCUCCCAUUAUCGGAGAGCGCAUGCUCCGAACCGCCUGUAUUUGCCUUCCGAUUUGACUGAGAAGUCUCUGCACAAGAACUAUGAAGCCACGCAGGAUGUCAAAGUAAUCGUUUGGGACUUGUAA